ACUGUAAGGUUAGUUUAUAUGCCAUGAUGGACUCGAAACAUAAGGAAGAUUCCUAGGAAAUUGGAAUGUACUGAAAUAAGUGUGUCUAAAUUUCACUUCAUUCAUAGCCACAUAUAUUUGAAAGUCUUGGCCAUUCGCAGGCAACUACCCAAACUUACUAUAAUACUGAAUUAAAUCUCACUAAUUCUGAAAUAAUUCUGACAUUCUAUAGAUUAGUUGUUCACUAGCAUGCCUCUUCCACCGGCUCUACUUGCUCGACUUAAGAAACGCGGUAUCGUUGCUGCUGAGCCACAACAGGAAGUGGAGGAAAUUUUCGCUGAAAACUAUGAUGAAGAAACUGAACCUGUAUUACCAGCGUCAUUCGAUAAACCUCCUGCUGUUAAAAAAUGCUACACAGUCAGUCCUGUUCCUGUUAUUGAAAAUGGUAUUUUAAUUCAUGAAUGUGCUGAUUGCCCAAAUCAAACCAAUCCGUAUCAUAUUUGUUCUCCAUAUUGUUAUGAACGUUAUGGACGACGAAAAUUUAACACAGAUAUGGUAAAUAUGCGUCUUAAGAGUAGAAUGUUACGGCGUUAUCCACUUCCAAGUCAUUGGAUUGAAGUUGGUGAUCCAGUCACUGGAAGAUUUUAUUACUGGAAUACAAAUUCAGAUGAUGUUUGUUGGCUAUCACCAUUACAUCCAAGAGCUAAGAUUAGUCAACCGGGUAAUAUUGUCCGAGCGAAUACACUACGUGAACUUGAAGCUGCUCGUGCUGCAGCCGGUGCUGCAACUGCUGCGGUGUUAGCUGCAGAACGUAAAGAAGCACGUCGUAGUCGAUCUAGUGGUUCUGAUGAUAAUAAUAGUCGAUCAGAUAGUGGAAGUGAACACGAAAAUGAUUCAGAUGGAUCAGAAGAAGAAGAAGAAGUUAAACGAUGUCGACGUGAAAGAUCUAGAUCACCACUUGAUGUAGAUAGAAAAAAAUAUUCCUCUGGUAGUAGACGUACAACUUCACGUUGGCAAGAUGUACCAUUUGAAUCUACGCAUAAUAAUAGUAACAAUCAAAAAUUCACUUCGAAUGAUGUCAAUGAAUCGCCAACUGAUGAACAAGAUGCUUCAUCAACCUGGAAACAAUCAGAUUCAACGAAUAUGGUUGACUAUGAUCAGCUAGACGAUGAACAACAGGACGAGGAGGCGACAGAGGAUGCGGAUGAGGAGGAAAAGGAAAAGGCGAGUGAAGAAGAUGAAGAAUCACCUGAUGGAGUUCCACUGGCUAGUAAUUAUUCGCAUACUACUAAUUCAAAUGUGGAGAAUAAUUCUGCUGUACAAAAUUCUAGAAAUGAACCGCCUGUACCACCACCACCACCACCACCACCUCUUCAUCAUCAUCUAAUGCCUCCAAUGCUACCGUUAAUGUAUCCUCCUCCGCCUUCAAUGUAUCCAUGUCCGCCUCCAUGGAAUCGACCACCUCAACCAUCUCCAUCUCCAGUAUUCUCUACACAGAUAAGUAAUCAAUCAGAUGAUCGUAGUCGCAGCACUACUCCACGUCAUUGGGAUCGACGUCCAACAGAAGCGUCAGAUGGAGGCAAACGGUCAAGAAAUAGGGAUAAGGAUAGGGAUAGAAAGCGUCGAGCAGCAACUCUUGGACCAUUAGAUCCAAUGGAUCCAGCCUCCUACGGGGAUGUACCACGUGGAACAUGGAGUUCAGGUUUGGAGGGAGUAACUGGCACACCAUCAGCUAAAACUGGUGUAGACAUUACAGCUUCUGGACCAUUAUUUCAACAACGUCCAUACCCAAAUCCUGGUGAUGUUUUACGUGCAAAUGCUGCAGCAGCCGCGGCAGCAGCAGCGUCAGCAAAAGAUCAAGAAGAAAAUGAUGAACCUGACAAGUGAAAUUGAAACUGUUUCUUUUGGUUUUUUUUCCUAUUUUACCUUGAAUCUUAGUCAAGUGUUAUUUGUCUAUUUUUCCUUUUCUCUUUUGUUUCCUUUUUCUAAGAGAAAUACACAUUGAACAAAGU